AUGUCAUCAUCAUCAUCGUCAUCCCUCACCGACCGUCUCGAGACAGAACUCUCCCUGCUGCAGGCAAUGUAUCCCACAACACUGUCUUACAUUCCCCAGAGUCGUGAACUGCAUUAUACAUCGUAUACAUCGACCAAUUCGACCAGUUCGGUCCUGACGAUCAGAUUGCCGGAUCUGUAUCCCACCAGAGGUGUUCCUGAGAUCAUUGCCGCGCGGGACGGGGCGAAGAACGAUAUUCGUGACGUGACCAAACGGAGUGUUUUGGAGGUGUUGGGCUUGGCGGAUGAACGUAGUCAUGGCAAUGGCAAUGGCAAUGGCAAGAGCAAUGAGAGCGACGAGAGUAUUGACGGCGACAUCGACAUCGACAAUGGAUAUCAAGAUAACUCUGGACCAGGGGAAGUUCUUGACCAAAUCAUUGAGGUUUUUGAGGAUAUUGUGGCUUCGAAUUUGCAGACUGGCACAGGUACAGGUACAGGUACAGGCACCUCUGCAAGUACUGGUGCUAGCAUACAUGAUGGGGCGAAGGACAAUCACGGACGCCCUAGAAAGAGAGGCAGUCAACCGCGGAGGAAUGAUGGCCAUGGUGACGACGACACUACUGACAGUCACAUUGGCACUGAGAUUGACAUUGAAAUUGAAAUUGAAAUUGAAAAUGAUAUCAAGAACAACGAUCCUCAACACAAGAUACGACGCGGACAUCAUGAACUACAGCAACGAUGUCCCAAAACAGUCAUCAUCUGGCUCCAUCAUCUUCUAGCCCUGUCGAAGCGGAAACUGGCAGUCACUCCUACAACAACGACAACGACAAUCUCCACCACCGGCACUACAAUGUCCUCAUCCUCCUCCUCUUCACCAUCAUCAUCAAACUCAAUCUCAAUCUCAGGCCUGACUAAACCAGGAUACCCAGGGAUCAUGGUCUUCUCUGGUCCCAAAGAUCUGGUCGAUGCUCAUGUCCGUGAACUUAGGGGCCUGAAUUGGCAGGCGUUCCAGGUGCGGUAUGAUUCAGACGACGAGAAGGAAGAUGGGAUGGGUUGGUCUAUGGCUAGGGCUGGCACCACUUCUGGAAAUACCAACACCAAUACCAACACCAGUGCCACCACCACCACUGCGGAUCGGGCGGCGGAAGCAGCGUCGGAUCAUGUUUCUGCUGCUACUGCUACUACUGCUACCGGGAAGAAAAAGGCAGACGGUCGAAAAGACAAGCACAAGCAUAAGCACAAUCACGAGCACAGCAAUGGAAACAAGUACAGCGGAGGGAGCAAGACCAACAACAAUAGACAUGAACCAGGAGAAUGGCGGUUCUCUCAUGGUCAAGGCAAGAUCGUCGAGGUGGAAACCAUGGCGGACGUGGUCAAAGGGAUUGUGGAGGAAGAGAAUAGAAAAGUAUUCUUGAGAGCAGUGGGCGUCAAGUGA